GAAUUGAUAAUUACCAGCAUCUUUGCAUCCUCAGAGAACAAUCAUAUACAUUGAUUCAAAAGACAACAAGAUAAACUAUUUCGCUGACUUCACAUCUUACAAACAUCAUUUUCAGAAAGCAUGAACGAAAUAUCGGACUCUGAGCUCGAUAGCUCAAGUAAUGACCAGAUUGGGAACAGUUCUGAUCACGAGGAAUUAUAUGAUUCCAACACCUUUGAUAGUGACCAAGAAGAAGAAGAAGACGACCAAGACUACGACGCCUUUGAUGACUUCGAUUAUCUCUUCGACAACCAAGACAAUCAAGGCAACAACCAGAAUUUCACUCCUUCAGCCUCAGGAAAAACAAAUGGCAAAGGGCUGGGAAUGGAUGCCUCCGAUCCUAAGCUCGCAAAUAAUGGAACACCCCUCGCGGCCUUUGAAAAAUUCGGACAAUUUCCCGAAGAAAUCCAAAUGAAGAUUUGGAAACACACCGCUCUUAAUGCCAGUCGCACCGUCGUUGUAUAUUUGCAAGAUGAUAGUUUAAAAUUUGGAAAUCAUCCUUCGACACCAGAUUUUAUGCAAGCAUGUCACCGAGCUCGAAAAUAUGGCAUGGAACACUUCUCUGCAGUUGACGCCAUGGGAGUUUUACAUGAUUUCACCGAUCCUCAACAGGUUGACAAGCCUUAUUUCUUUGCCCACCCCAUCAGCGAUGACUUUAUCUUGGAAUUCGAAGGUGAGGAUUUUGGUCCUUCGCCGGCUUAUUGUCCCAAAGAGUUUGAUUCGGAGCGUAUGCUACGGGAACUGCGAGCCGAGGAAAAAAAACUGCAAAACAUGGCGUAUUUAGAGAAAAUAGAACAUGAAAUCACUCGUGAAUUUGAGCGAGCAGACGGAAUGAUGGCUCCUGCCUCAUUCAACGUCCCACAAAUUUCGCAAAGUCAAACCCUUAUGGGUAAUUUUUUUCACAUUGCCGGUGUACCUGGAAGCGCACCAGCUCCAACUUCCCGAAUUCCUCGCAAGCCAGUUUUCCCUCCCGCCUCUGUGCUUCCUCACUUCUUCACCGAUAUCCGAUCGGUGGGUAUCAACCUCCAUAUUCAGGACGGGGAACAGAUCGAAUUUGAUGAAAUGAGCGCCGCUGGUCUCCAAACAUGGACUCGAGAUACUGUUAAACACGAAUUCGGCGAGCUAUUAGAGGAAAUUCUGGAUUAUUUUCCUCAUCUCGAAUAUAUAUUUGCGGUGGUGAGAGCGUAUGGGACAAGUAAUCGUCAUCGGUGUGCAUCGAAUCGGGGUUUCAUUGGCGAUUUUGAGAAGAAGAAAUGGGCAAGCGUUGAUAUGAUAAAGGGAGGAACGGGAUGCAUGGGACAUAAUGAGUUGAACCAGUUCGAACAACAGGCGAGGGUUUGGUUAAUGCAUGAGAAGAUGGAUAGGGGAAUGGAAUUGAACAACAACCUCGAAUUCGGGUUGUAUGUCCAGACGAAUGUUUUGUAGGAGAUUUAGAGAGGAAGGGGACCUAGAAGAGUAAGGGUUUGGGUUUACAUAUUCCCCAUUUCCAAACUUCGAUCAACAGGUUACUCUUGGGCUUGUUUGCUUGUAUCAGGUACUGGAUGAAGACUAUCACGGCGUAUAUAAAGGAUGGGAAGACAGGCAUACCAUAUCAGGAAGGGGAACAUAUAUCCGGAGUUUUAGGUUUACAUUUGGCAUUCUACAUAAAAAAAAAGGGAUGUCGAAACUCACUUUAAUUAAUUGUAUUACCCAUCGAUGAAUUACUGGAAGUUGAUCAGAUUUGGGACAGGUUUUGGCUGGGCUUAGAGUUUAUUGGGAUACUGAUAGUAAUGUAUAUUGAAGUAAAAUAAUUUGGACUAAUUUUCUUAGUA